AUGGGCGAUGACGCAUUUGAUGAAAAGUUAUUGACUGAGAAACUCUCUAAACUCAAUAGUUCUCAACAAAGCAUAGAGUCUCUAUCUCGGUGGUGCAUAUCUAACCGCAAAAAGGCCAAGCAAGUUGUUGAAACUUGGGAGAAACUAUUUAAAUCUGCACAACGGGAUCGACAGAUUUCUUUUUUAUAUUUGGCGAAUGAUAUCCUGCAAAAUAGCAGGCGCAAGGGAAGUGAAUUUGUAAAUGAAUUCUGGAAGAUCCUUCCGUCAGCUCUGAAGAGUGUUUACGAUCUUGGCCAUGAAAACUGCAGGAAGGUUGCUUCCAGAUUGGUUAAUAUUUGGGAAGAAAGAAAAGUUUUUGGAUCGAGGGGCCAAAAUCUUAAAAAUGCAAUCUUGGGCAAGACGACUCCUGUCACUGUCAGCAAUGUUAAGAAUUCAAAUCCUAUCAAGGUUGUGAAGAGAGAUAGCAACUCAUUAAGAAUUAAACUAGCUGUUGGGGGUAUACCGGAAAAAAUCUUAACUGCAUUCCAGCUGGUACAUGAUGAAGAUGUCAAUGAAGAAGCAGCCUUGAAGCAGUGUAGAACUGCAGUUUCUUGCAUUCAAGAAAUGGAGAAAGAGGUUCAAAAUGUUUCUUCUCAAGAUCUGCAGGGUUCUGAUUUGGUGGAUAAGAUACAGGAACAGGAAAACACACUUCAGCAGUGUGUUGGACAACUUGAAAAUGCUGGAGCAAUCAGAGUUGCACUGGUUUCCCAGCUUAAAGAGGCACUUGAGGAUCAAGAAACAAAGCUGGCACUGAUACAGAGUGAGCUACAUGUUGCUCAGGGUCUAAUCGAGCGAGCAUCGAAUAUGAGGCAGCGGCUGGUCCCCGGUUUUUCAGUACCCACUCCUGUAAACCAACUUAUGGAAGCCAAAGCUCUGAGGAUGGUUGAACCCAAAUUCCCGGCUACCCAGUCGACAAACAAUCCGCCAGCGCCUCCACCACCUACUCAUCCUUUGACACCAUUUUCGACCUCUAAUCUCAGUGAUGAGGAGAGCAAGAAGGCAACAGUAGCUGCUGUCGCUGCAAAACUUGCUGCUUCAGCAUCCUCUGCGCAGAUGUUAACUUCAGUCCUCUCAUCCCUUGUAGCUGAAGAGGCUGCUUCAAUGAGCAGUGGCUUGAAAUCUGCCGGGUUUCCGAGUUUGCCUAUUUUACCUCCCGAGAAAAGGCAGAAGCUAGAUCAGUCUACUCCUUUCUCUGGCAUGGACAAUUCCGAUGCUGCUCAAACUAACCGAAUGCAAGCUCCAUUCCUGCCACCUCUUCCACCUCCUCCACCACUCGCACCUCCAUCUAAUUCUCCUGCAAGUCAAUUGGUCCAAUCGGCAAUGGUGGGGCCACCCUUCGGUUAUGGUGCUGGAAACUUGUUACCUCCAUCUUUGUCUUCAAACAUUGCUAUGGGCAUGGCCAGGCCUGGCCCCCCUCAGCAAGCGCAGCCACAGCAGUUGCAGAACCAGCAACCUCAGCAGCAGCAGCAGCCUCCGCCUCCAAAUGGUGGGUACUAUAGGCCUCCAGGUAUUGGAUUCUAUGGGCAGAGUCAUCAGCCAUCAACACCACCCGUGCCUAGACAGUGA